AUGCCUCCCAAAAAGGCCCAAGUCCAAGAAAAGGUCCUGCUGGGCCGCCCCGGCAACAACCUGAAGAGCGGUAUCGUUGGUCUCGCCAACGUUGGCAAGUCCACGCUCUUCCAAUCCAUCACCAAGUCCUCGCUGGGUAACCCGGCCAACUUCCCCUAUGCCACCAUCGAUCCGGAGGAGGCUCGCGUCAUAGUUCCCGAUGAGCGUUUCGACUGGCUCUGCGAGCACUACAAGCCCAAGUCCCAGGUGCCCGCCAACUUGACCGUGUACGAUAUUGCCGGUCUCACCCGCGGUGCUUCCACCGGUGCUGGCCUGGGUAACUCCUUCUUGUCGCACAUCCGUGCCGUCGAUGCCAUCUUCCAGGUCGUUCGUUGCUUCGACGAUGCCGAAAUUAUCCACGUCGAGGGUGACGUCGACCCCGUCCGUGAUCUGACCAUCAUCAGCGAGGAGCUGCGUGUCAAGGAUAUCGAGUUUGUCGAGAAGGCUCUCGAGGCUCUGUCCAAGCAGACCCGCCGUGGUGGCCAGUCGCUGGAGAUGAAGAAGAUGAAGGAGGAAGAGGCUACUACUGCCCGCGUCCUCGAGUGGCUGAAGGAGGGCAAGGAUAUCCGCCAAGGUGACUGGACCCCCAAGGAGGUCGAGGUCAUCAACCCCCUGCUCCUGCUCACUGCCAAGCCCGUUGUGUACCUGGUCAACCUGAGCGAGAAGGACUACAUCCGCCAGAAGAACAAGUACCUGCCCCCUCUGUUCGAGUGGAUUAAGACCAACUCGGCCGGUUCCCCCGUCCUGCCCGUCUCCGCCUGCUUCGAGGAGCGUCUGGCUCUGAUGGGUGACGAGGCCGCCGCCGCCGAGGAGUGCAAGAAGCUGGGCACCAAGUCUGGCCUGCCCAAGAUUAUCACUACCAUGCGCCAGGCCCUGAACCUGUCCAGCUUCUUCACCACCGGUACGGACGAAGUCCGCCAGUGGACUAUCCGUAAGGGCAUCAAGGCCCCUGCUGCGGCCGGUGUUAUUCACACCGACUUCGAGAAGACCUUCAUUCAGGCUAUCGUGUACAACUACGCCCUCCUGAAGGAGCUCGGCGACGAAGCUGCCGUCAAGGCUGCCGGUAAGGUCAUGACCAAGGGUAAGGAUUACGUCGUGGAAGACGGCGAUAUCCUGCUCAUCAAGGCCGGUGCUGCCAAGGGCUAA